AUGGCCUGUGAGGCGGACAACGAGGCAUUGCGGGUCGAGGUGUUGAAGGUACACGCAGAGAUUGAAGGCCUGGAGGCGGAGGCCAGCCAGGAGGCGGAUGAGGCUUUGCGGCGGAUACGAGCGAUGGAACGAGAGCUUGCACAGCUCGAGGCGACGCUCGAAGUUCUCCGAACCGACGGUUCCGCAACAGACCGAGGGCUGUCGCCUAGGUCGCCGGUUGUUGCGGAGGAGCAGGCUCGCGAGAACCUGGCGAAGACCGUUGCGAAGCUUCAGCCCGCUCUGAGGUGGGAGGAAGAGCGCCUGGAAGAGGAGCAGAUCAUGCUGGACAGAGACAAACUUUAUCUGCGGGAUGCUGAAGCGCUCAACACGACAUUACCGGCUCGAGCCGCCGAAGCUUCGUCAGCCGCGCGUCGACCGACCGGCGAAAGCCUCGUCAACCGCGCCCAGACACACUACGACUCGCUACUUGCUCGCUUCCGCCUCCUUCAAGGCGGCCUCGUCUCCUUCAUUGACGACGUCCUCGCCGACGACGCAUCCGACGCCUUGUUCGACCUGACCCGUUCGGAGGCGCUUGCAAAGAAGGGCAAGAAGGCUGCAGCGAGCUCCUUCGAUCUGCGGGAGUAUCUACGAUCCAACAGCGGAGAAGCAGAAGAUGGCGAAAGUCGGGCAUUCCAGCUCAAGAAGUUGAUCGAGAGUCUGAUGAACCUCUCCGUCACUUCAAGCCAAGACCCAUACCUUCCCGACGAACCCGCCUUCCCCUCCGAGCUCGUCGCGUUUCUCGUUCGCGCUGGAAUUGCCGAGGAGCAGGUGGUGGACCGGACGAGCGGGGUGAACGGCUGGUCCAGGAGGAUCAGGCUGCGAGACUUUGGCGGGCUCAGGGCCGACGACAUCGACGGUUGA